UGUUGUCUGUUUACUUCUUAAAUGGUAGAUGACCAUAAUCACUGCGACUCCAGUCGGCAUUAGUCAUUCGAGGAUACUUCACAGUUGAUUGUGCAGAAUGUGAAAGGUGUGAACUCUGCUGCAGGAGUCGAGAGAGCGAGAGAGAGCGCCCCUGAGUCUCUUCUGUGAAGGGUCUGAUUGACAGGGGCCCCGAAUACUACGCGAGAAAGCGAAAGAGAAAGUCAGAGAGCGAAGGAAGUGUGUUUUGGAAGGACAUCCCUCAAGGAGCAACUCACGUCCUCGAGCCUUUUGCGAAAAAGAGAGAAGGCAAAAAAAAAAAGGAUUGCAGCUUCUCCCUUUAUUCGUGUCGGUUUUUGCGAGACUCAAUGAAUGGAAAGUUCGUGGAAGAAGCCCAUCGUCGACGACAGUUUGUGAGACACCUCCAUCCUCAAAACGUAAACACACACACCCAGCCGGGUUCAUUCGACCCUCUUUCGACUCGACAUCGACACCUGCUGUGGCGAUAUCCCACCGCCCGGACAAAGUGCCCAGUUGUCAUCGGCAAGCUGUAAAUUGAGUGUGCCAGAAAUUAUUAUUGCUCUUAGUGUUCCGUUGAAAGCCAGUACUAGUGCUGCUCGGCGCCUCGCCUCAAAUUAAAAGAGAAAACGAAUACGUAUAUAAAAUUUUUCUAAAUUACAACUCCUCGCCGAGGUUUCCUUUUCCACGAAAGUAUUGUUUGUAUCAUCGAAACACAGUAUUAUCUCACCUUCGUUCUGUCUGCUCCCCUUUUGAGGUCACGUCCGUAUGACGGCCAAAGAAGAUUUCCAGACGCGUAACAGUUCGUCCUCGAGGAGAAAGUCAGUCUCGUGAAAGAGAAGAAGAAGAAGAAAAGAAAUGAUAAUCCAUCGCUGUGUCGGCAUUCUUGUGGCGGCGUGACUUAGCUCAAGUCGAAUGGUGGCCUACUCGAGUCAGAACAUUUCGAUGUUAUUGUUAGAUUAGCACUGGUUUUUAUUAUCCUAUUCAAUGUUGAUCGAUUGAUGCAUAUAUAUAAUAAAUAUAUAAAUCUAUAUUUAGUCUAAUACAUAGAAAAUUUACUUUCUUCGGUCUGGUUUAUAUAAACGUAGAUUCUUGUGUAUAUAUAUUAUUAUAACCUUAGGCAUACGGAGAUAUAUCGAUGCAAGAAGUGGAGGAUAGAGAGAGAGGGAGAAAGAUAUCAUGGUCUAGAUAGUAUUAUCUUUAUAUUACAACUCAUCCGUUUGGUCUCCUCGUCCCAAAGAUAUGUCCUCAGUAUCUGUGAUAUGCAAACCAAAUCGAGGAGAUUUUUCUUAACAAAAAAAGAAUAAAUAAGUUAAAUAAGUUUGGCUGCCCCUGAACAUUAUAGUAUUUUGUGUGUGUGUACGUGAAGUUCUUCAUCGACGUGUAGGGGAGAGGCGUUAGCUAAUCAGGAAGAGACCUACGUAGAAGUUCACCCUCGGGAGAACUGUGAUUCACCAACUUGGACAGCCGAGUGACUAGUGACUGAGAUAUGAAAACACAAGCGAGUGAGAUUGUUUAUUUCCAAUUGUGAUCUGCCGCCAUCGAAGAUUCUGAAUCGUGUUUCCUUCAGAACUAGGGUUACUUUGUUAGUGCAAAAGUGCAAGAGAGAUAAAAAAAAACCGAUUAUUAUUUUGUAUCACAGUGUUGCUGUUUUCGAACUUUUUUGAGAAGAUAAUCGUAAGUGUUAUUUUGUAGCCUCUUAGUUUGAACUUAGAAAUAUAUAUAUAAAUAUAUAAUAAGUGAUAUUUUCGUAUUAUAUUCUUUGGUAUUUAAAUAGAUUAGACGUAGACAUUGCAAGUGGAAAGUAUUUCGGUCAGCGCAAUUAGACUUCACACAAAGAGUGAAUUUCGUCGGACCUGGAAAACUAUCUGCAUCAGUGUAAAGUCUUUAUAUCUCUGUGUCUCUCUCUCUCACUCUUGAGUUUUUCAGCGGCGUCGAAGUCGUCGAGGGAGAAAAGGGGAAAGAAAUAAAAAAAAGUGUAAGAGGAUAAAAGGGAAGUUUGGCCGAGCGGCAAAGAAGAGGCACUUGCCGUCGCUCGUAAAGUGACGGUAGACCGGAGAUAACAAAGUGACGCCGAUCGAGCUUGUCAGUCACUCUAGUGGAAGGAGGCUUCCAUCCUCCUCCUCAUCCUCCUCCUACUCCUCCUACUACUCCUCCUCAUUCUCCUCCUCCUCCUCCUGGAUGAGUCCGAAAAUUCCCACGCCCUUUUGACUCUUGGAGUGCGCUCCUAGAUCCUCUCCUCCACUCCUGCUCCUGUUCAUCGUCUUUUCUCGCUCCUUCCCUCUCUCUACCCCCCCCCUCACUCUCUCUCUCGCUCGCCUUCUUUUCCGUGUCAUCGGCUUUCUUCUCCCAUCCUUUGAUGCGCCGCAUCGAUUUUAAGUAACAUCUGACGUAUUGGUGUGUCUGAGGAAGGAACACAAAAGGGCUUCAGUGUUAAAACUCAACCUUUGUGUAUGAACUAUUGAUGUCCUGUAGAAGGAGGAGAAAAAGGGAAGCAAGUGUUGCGCAGCCCCUGAAGUAAGGUCCUUUGUCCGUAGGCAUCGGAUGAAAAAAAUUCCUCUAUUUUUUUAGUGAUUCCUUAUUCCGUAGUAUUAUAUACUGCCGAUACCAAGGACGUGUGCGGAUUGCAGCGAGUUAUUUGAUUCGCGUCAUAAAGGCACAGAAGAGCGCUCCCUUUUGUAUUGGCAGUCCAGCAACGUCGCAGUUGGCCACUCGAGUGUCUGUCUAUAUCUUUCUCUCUCGCCUUUGAAAAAGUCGCUCCCCCAACCAUCGUCAAAGUGACGUCAUCGUCCAGCGACCCCGUCAGCAUGGUGAAGAUGGUGCCCCGUCGGGGGUGGCUCAGGUUGUCCUUCCUGGGCCUCCUGGCCGUCUGCGCCCUCGUGUACGUCUACUACUACUCCUCAGCCGCGGGUACUCCUCAGAGCCUGAAGGAGAAGCCGCAGGCCGAUUCCCUAAGAGGCUCCGGGUCGGCGGCUGACAGGCGGGCCGAGAGACAGAGCGAUGGGGGGUCGUCCUCCGUGGACGGGAGCGACCUGGGCUCCGGCGGGGGACAGGUGAUCCCUUCGAGGGCUUGCCAGCCCAUUUCGGCUCCCAAGACGGACGUCAACACAGUCGAUCAGUUCCCCAAGUUCGAGUUUCAGCCUGCCUGGAUGCGAGGCAAGGAGUUCUGGGACACCAACUUCGAGAAGCGCUACCUGAAGAGACGCGCCAAAUGGAAGAAACUGCCUUUGAAGGUAUUUUUGAUGCCUCACUCUCAUAACGAUCCUGGGUGGUUGAAGACCUACGAGGAAUAUUACUUCCACCAGACCAGCAAGAUCCUUCAAAACAUGAUAGACAAGCUGAAGGUCCACAACAACAUGACCUUCAUUUGGUCAGAAAUCUCGUUCCUCUCCCUAUGGUAUGAGAGGGCGCAUCCCACGUUGAGACAACAGCUUAAAGAGCUGGUAUCUUCCGGGCGUCUAGAAAUUGUAACAGGUGGCUGGGUCAUGACAGAUGAAGCCAAUGUUCACCUCUACGCCAUGGUUGAUCAGUUAAUUGAAGGUCACCAAUGGCUAUCCAAUGUACUUGGAGUGCAGCCGGUAAGCGGCUGGUCAGUGGAUCCCUUUGGACAUGGCGCUGCCGUGCCUUAUUUACUCCAUGAGUCAGGGUUAAAAGGCACAGUAAUUCAGCGAAUACACUAUGCAUGGAAGCAGUGGCUAGCUGAACAGCAGCUGGGAGAUUUCCAUUGGCGGCAAGUCUGGGAUACUACAGGGGACAGCGAUAUUCUCUGUCACAACCGACCUUAUGAUAUAUACUCUAUAAAACAUUCCUGUGGCCCCCAUCCACAGAUCUGCCUUGGAUAUGACUUUCGAAAGGUGCCUGGAGAAUACACCGAGUACACUAUAAAGUCAGUGCCAAUAGAUGAUCAUAAUGUGAAACAAAAAGCAGAGUUGUUGUUGGAGCAGUAUGGGCGCACAGGGUCACUCUACCCGCACAAUGUUGUUCUUGUUCCUAUAGGGGAUGAUUUUAGAUAUGAUCAUGCAACCGAGUGGGACCAACAGUAUGCUAGCUAUUCUCGACUGCUAAACUUUAUUAAUAGUGAUCCUAAAUAUCAUGCUAAUGUUCAAUUUGGAACGCUUAAAGACUACUUUGCUGAGGUGCAAAAUCGAAUGCGUGACUACCCAAGUCUUCAAGGUGACUUUUUUGUGUAUAGUGAUAUCUUUAGUGAAGGCCGUCCUGCUUAUUGGAGUGGUUAUUUUGCUACUAGGCCUUAUUGGAAAGUGUUAGAUCGUCAGUUAGAAGCUUCUUUACGGUCUGCCGAGAUUCUGUAUACUUGGGCAUAUGCUUGGGCUGUUCAAGAGGGUCAGGCUCGGGUUGUACAACUCUUAGAAAAAGAUUAUGAAAAACUAGUGCGGGCCAGAAGGAACUUGGCUUUAUUCCAGCAUCAUGAUGCAAUCACUGGAACAUCAAAAUCGUACGUGAUGCACGAUUAUGCCAUCAAGCUUCAUGAGGGUCUCCAUGACACUAUAGCUUUAGCAGGAGAGGCAGCAGAGGCACUCCUGUUGACACCCGGAGCGAUGGCAUCUUUAGACCACAGAGCUGCCCCCCUUCACCAUCUUCAGCCAGACUUUGAGCGGUCUACUUACGAGCGAUUGCCUCGUAAGCUGCCAAUAACGGUACCAAGAGAUCAGCCUCGUCUAAUGGUGAUGUUUAAUUCUUUAGGUCAACGUCGAUAUGAAGUUGUCAAGGUGUUGAUUUCAACCCUUGAUAUAAGAGUUACUGAUGAGCAUGGUCAUGAGGUUCCUAUUCAGAUAAAUCCAGUAUGGAAUGAUACUGGUAAUGGUAUGGCCAUUCUAUCCACCCAAUAUGAGCUCUUGUUUGUUGCAGAUUUGCCCCCACUGAGUGUUAUUACAUAUAGUAUUCAUCGCACUCACGACAGUACCAUGGACAACAGGGCUUCCGUAUACUCCAAUAACUAUGCUCCAGCCCCUGACCAGAAUUAUUCCCCUCCGUUUGAAACACGUGAUGUCCUGCCAGGUGACAUUCAGCUUGAAAGUGAUCACCUCAAACUACUCUUUGAUGGUACAACUGGAAUGCUCCGUUCCAUAACUGACAAAACUAGUGGUCACGUUACCCAGACCGCAAUACGCUAUGCUGCGUAUCCCUCAGCACAGUUCAAGUCUGGUGCCUACUUAUUCAAACCCGACCCUAAUGCAAGAGAACCGGAAGAAGAUGUUCUUUCAGGAGCUAAACCUCGCUUGUUUAUUCACUCUGGUCCUGUGGCAUCAGAGUUAAGUGUCAUGUUUGGAGCUGUACUGAUGCAUACAACACGUAUUCUCCACACUGCCCAUCAACCUCUUUCUUCAGCAGUUUAUAUGGAGAACACAUUCAAUUUAGGGGGAAAAUACAAUAGCACAGAGACUCCUGGAUUUCCUCCCCACUUCCGUGAGACAGAAAUGUUUAUGCGCAUUAUGACAGACAUUGACAAUGGAGCUGAGCCUACAUUUUACACUGACCAAAGUGGUUUGAAUAUGCAAAAACGUGUUCGUGUCCAGCGUAUUGGUAUACAAGGAAACUAUUAUCCAAUAACAUCAUCCACUAUGAUUGAAGACAGUGGUCCAGGAAGACGUUUGACUCUUCUGACAGACCAUGCAACUGGUGCUGCUGCCUGGCAACAGGGAUGGCUAGAAGUCAUGGUGGAGAGGAGAACUUUCUAUGAUGACGCCAGAGGUAUGGGGGAAGGUGUGACUGACCAGAAACGCACUGUUGGGCGUUACUGGCUCUUAGUGGAGAAUACCCAAGGGCCAGAGCCCGUUGCUCGCCUUUCCCUAGCAGCUCAUCAUUUGAGUAAUGACCUGAACUACCCCACAAUUCCACUUAUCAACGAAGGACUUAAUGCUGAUCAACUUAAUUCAGGGGCACACUUGAUAACUCGACCAUUGCCUUGUCCCCUGCACUUGAUGACAUUCCGAACUCUACCCGAGCCUCAGUACCCAAGUUUGUUACCAUCCAGAGCUGCCCUUAUGAUAUUCCACAAUCAGGCACCUUCAUGUACCACAUCAGCUGCUGUAGAGACUUGUAGUGGCCUAAAUGAUUCUCCAUUCCCUGGUACAGAGCUCACCCUACAGGUUGGCAGUAUACAACUGACAUCCCUCACAGCAACAAGUAGUCAAGGUCCCAUCACCACCUUGCCAGAGCUGCAUAUCCCCCACCACCGUCUCCGUGCCCUUACUCUCACUUUCCCACAGCCCCCUCCACCAACCCCAGCUGAUUAAACUUACACAUCUUUAUA